GAAGAUAACUAAGUGACAAACCAUUAUUAUAAGUAGCAUUCUUUUAUAACGAUAUAAUGAGUAUUUCCAGAUAUUUAUAAAGUGGAAAAGUGAUGGAGAACAACCCUAGUUCUUCAAGAAUUGACAGAAAACUCAUUGAGAAAAAUAGAAGAAAUGAAAAGAAAACUCUCUGACACAAACUCACUUCAAUUAUUCCUCAUCAAAUCUCAAAGGCUUUUAUCCUUUCCUUCUUUCUUUUCUUUCUUAAUUUUUCUUUACCCCCUUCUUCUUCUCUUACUUGCUUAAUUAAUAAUUUGAAUUAUGCUUGAAAGCACAAAAACACUUAGCAUUGUGUCACUAACUAAUCAUUAUUUUUUUAAACAAUGUGUGGAUGAUUAAAUUUAUGUGUUGCAUGCAGGUUAUAUCGAUGCCGGAUCGGGUAGAGGAAGCAACAAAUUACAUAAAGAAGUUACAGAUAAGUUUGGAGAAAAUGAAGGAAAAGAAGAAGUUUCUACUAGAAAUUCAAAGGCAAAAGAAGUUGAUGUUACUAAAAUCUCCAAAAAUUGAGAUCCAACAAAUAGGUUUAACAUUAGAGGUUGUUCUAAUAACUGGAUUGAAUUCUCAGUUUUUGUUGAAUGAAACCAUUAGAAUUCUUAAUGAAGAAGGAGUUGAUAUUGUUAAUGCUAGCUAUAAAGUCAAUGAAGAUACUGUUUUCCAUUCAAUACAUAGUCAGGUACAAGAAUUUGGAAAUGAAAGUGCAAGAAUAUCUGAGAGAUUGAACAAGUUUAUGCAUGAUUAUUAGCCUAAGCCCUAAUGCAUAGCAUAGAUUUCAUUAAGUUAUAUAUAUAUAUAUAUAU